GCCAAGCACUUCUUAGCUAACAGCGCGAGAGGAAGUCAUGUUUCGAAUAGAAGUGAUCGCAUUCCUGUUUCUGGCGGCGGCGGGCGGCACCCACGCCUUCCUCGCCACGUCCCUCAACACCAGCGACCCCGACGUGGCCUGGAUCCUGUGCCCGGAGCAGACGACGGGGGUGACCCGCGACCACAAGUGGAUCACGCGCGAGGCCAUCCGUCGCAACCUCCGCCAGUUCUUCCUGGAUUACCCGCCGGCGUCGCAGCCGAGCUUCAACGUGCCCACCGACGCCAGCCUGACGGAGCUCUAUCAUGCCUACUAUGGCGCGGCCGCGUCGCCUGCCCGCUUCAUCAAGGCGGUCAACUCCAUCGCGGCCUCCAACGUCAAGGCCGAUUCUCUGCCUCAGCUUAAGUACGACCCCCAGAUCCAAGGCGACGGCGAGGACCUGCAGUCCCUCCAGGACAGCAUGGCCACGAGAUACCCUCAGAUCCUGACCUCGAUCCUGCAGGACGAGGCCUACCCCGCUGCCAGGACCUUCCUCGGCCUCUCCCUCCACUCCCUGCAGAAGUUCUACUCCCACUCCACGUGGAUCGAGCAGGGCAACACGGGCAUCCUGGAGGACCUGGGUCUGCCCGGGUUCCUCUACGACGACUUGGCCGACGCCGCCGAGGACGUCUGCAGCGCCUGUGCCAACCCUCAGGGAGCAUGUGCCGGGAACGUCAUCAAAAGCGCAGGACUUUCCAGCGGAUAUUACCUGUACGAUGAUCCAGCGGCUGCCGGCAUCCUGCUCCCGAAGCCUACGACGGGAGGCAAGUGCAGCCACGGCGGAGUUCUGGACGUCAGCUCCUCGGCUGCUGCUGAAGGAGGAAUCAACAAGGACACGGCCUCGCCCUGCUUCUCGCCCCACUACCACUUGCACGAGCAGGCGGCGGAGCUGGCGGUGCAGGCCACAGUUCAUUACCUGAAUGUUCUGCUGGACGCUAUUGGCAACGACAAGUACCGACGCUUGUUCGACUUGUACCACGGAUCUGCCCUGUCUAUCGCGAUCGACACUACGGGCUCCAUGUCAGACGACAUCGCAGCGGUCAAGGAGCAGGUGCAGCAGAUCGUCGACAGCACUUCCGCCGAACUUUUCAUCCUAUCGCCCUUCCACGACCCAGAGGUGGGACCCGGACUCAAGACGACCGACCCCCAGGAGUUCAUGGACGCCGUCAACGCCCUUCAUGCCGGCGGCGGCUGCUGUGGCCUCGAGGAGAAGUUCUGGGGCGGCCUGCAGCUGGCCCUCAGCAUGACCCCGAACUACGGAGACAUCUUCUGCUUCACCGACGCCGGAGGGAACGACGGAGAGCUGAUGGAGGGAGACAUUGCAGUUGCUCAGCAGCAGCACAACAAGGUGACGAUCAUCUACAGCUCCAACAACAGGGACAGCAGCGAGCGAGCGGUACUUACCAACGUGGAAGAGUACCAGUACCUCGCGGAUUCCACGGGCGGCCUGUUCAUUCCCUCGGAGAAGUUCGACAUCGAAGCCAUCACGCCCAUCCUUGGCGAGGGCGUCGAGAGUCAGAGCGUGGACGUGACGAUGGUCAAGGGCCUGACCGGACCCAACGACCUCGAGGUCCCCAUCGACGACUCCAUCUUCGACUUCGAGGUCCGCCUCACCGGCACAGUCACCGCAGCCGUCCUCAAGGACAUCACGGGCACUGCGUACGACCUCACCGAUCAAGCAUCCCUGGACAGCAACCCGAACAUUGAAGUCAUUGCCUACAGCCCUAGCCUGAAGGCCGUCCGCUGGUUGUCUCCUCGCUACGGCCAGUGGAACCUCCACACCGACUCCAGCUCCACCUACAGCAUCUCCAUCAGCGCCAACUCCACUCUCAGCUUCCUGGGAGACUUCUCCAUCCUGGAUCCCCGUCCUCCACAUCCCCACUACGAGCUGGUGGAGGGACGUCCACUUAUCAACACGGUGUACUACAUAGAUAUUGUGCUCGUCGGUUACCUAGAAAGUGAUGUCACUGAUGUAAACAAAGUCGAAUACGUAGACAAGACUGGAUCACUCCUCCGCACAAUCCCUUACUACGGCGAUAUCGAUGAUGAGUUCUACAUUCGAUCAGAUCCUCUACCUGAAGAACCCUUCUAUAUCAAGCUGUAUGGUCACGUUGGAUCAGGAAAUGUCUUCUGCCGUCUCCUCUCCGUGAUCAUGUCCCCUGUGGAAACUAGCGUAGGAGUCCUGGCGACCGCCGACGACCUCUCCGCUCGCCCAGGGGAGUCGGCCACAGGGGACUUCAUCGUCGCCAACUUCGGCCUCGACUCCUACUUCACGAUCACCGGCACGGAUGACAAGGGCUUCCUGACUAGAAUUGCCCCGAACAGAAUAUUCCUGAAGUUCAACGAAACAGGAACCGUGACUGGACACUUCUCAGUGGGUUCCAGUGAAAUCCCCGGUACAGUCAGCAUCAUCACAGUCACCGCCCAGAGUGAGACGCAAACCCAGUCGGUGAACAGUGCCAUUAGCCAGUUCCUCGUCCUUCCUCUAGUGACGGACAUCGAGACCCCGACUUGCGAGCCCUCCUCUGCCCCAGACUGUACAGGCUACAACCUCAAUGGCAUCUGCAGUGAGAAGAACUGGACCGUCAGUGCUACUCUGCAGGACGCCAAUUCGGGGCUGAGCGUCGUGUAUGCCAGGCCUGACGGCUUCCAGACAGACGUCAGCGCUUUCACUCCCGGAACGACAGGUCAUGUCAGCGUCACGUAUUUCGCCUCCUGCUGCACCACACAGGUCGACAUCAUCGGCGUCGACGUCCAAGGCAACAUCGGGAAGUGCCAGAUUGACAUGGGCACUCUUGGAGGGUAUGUGUUUGACUUCGAGGCGGUAACCGAGGGUACCACGUGGGUGCACCUGCGCUGGAGCAUCACGCCCACAGAGUACGCCGUCCACAAGUACAUUCUCCUUAUCAACAACGACUUCACUGAAGAAAUCCGCUGCCCUGAUUUGAUUUGCUUCCACAACGUCACGUACUUGGAGCCGUGUUCACUGCAGGAUUUCAAGCUCACACCCGUCUUCACUGUAGGAGGAGGGGACCGUGCAGGAGAGCCAGCUUUUACCGACGCCAACACGCUAGAUAAUGAACCAGUACCUCCUACCAACGAGCAGAUAUUAAACGCAACAGAGACCACAGUCACCAUUAGCUGGGACGGCGCCAACACCAAGUGCGUCAGCCAAUACCAGAUCUGUUACCGACCGUUUGGCUUCACGGCCUCCGAAGUCUGCGAAAGAACGACCCUCACCACUUAUAAAUUGCGAGGUCUUGAGGCCUGUGCAGCGUACGAGGUCACCAUCACUUCGCUGUCUCCGCUGGGGGUCCCGAGCUCCGACUCCCUCACGUUCUUCGUCAACACGGAUGAAGCGCUGCCCGGCGCCCCGAGGAAUAUGGCCGUCCCAGACAUCACAAACGUCACGGCCACAAUCACCUGGGAAGACCCGCUCGACCGCGCACAGUGCAUCGACAGGUAUGUGGUCUCCUACAAAGAGAUUGGACGCAAGACAUCACAAAUAGUUUCUCCAGUCACGGCCAACGGGGAACACAUGGUCAUCAUUCAGCCGUUGGAACCCUGCAAGAACUACACCUUCGACGUAGCUGCCAUGUCGAAGUCUGGGUAUUUGGGUCCUCUGGCGGAGAGGCAUAAGGCCACUCUCGAGUCAGACCCCGUCCCGGUUUGGUCGCUGGAGCUGGACACUGAGACCGUCGAGUCCAUGGCCGCUACCUGGCAGUACUCAACGGCGUGCGUCGACCACUUCCUUGUGUGCUACUACGAUGAUGAGGAGGUGGGUCUCACGUGCGACGAGGUUUACGACAGCAGGUACACACUGUCUGGCCUCCUGGCGUGCACGACAUACCACGUCUCAGUCAGUAGUGUUACUCCGUCGGGAUUCACGAGCGAGAAGACUUGGCAGAGCAGCGAUACCCUUGACCUCGCGCCUGGAGCGCCUCAGAACCUAAUGAUAACCAAGGAAACGUCGCAUUCCAUCGACAUUCAGUAUGAUCCUCCGGUAGUCAACCCGCAGUGCACCGUCGAGUACGACAUCGAAGUCAUCGACCUGGGGGCGAGCACGAAGGUUGCCUACUACCGCCGAGAAACACGUCUGGACAGCAUUUUCCACGACCUGGAGGCCUGCCACAGGUACGAGGCCAGAGUGCGCGCGACGUCCCGCACCCAACUGCACAGCGGCUGGGUCACCGCCUUUGGCAACACGUCGGCCGAGGCCACGAGCCAGCCUCUCGAACUCUCGCUCUUCUCGGCCACGACCUCCUCCCUCACCCUCACCUGGUUCCGACCCGACACGAACCCUGACUGUGUUCAAGAGUAUAAGCUGCAGUGGAGUUCGUCCUCAGGGGGAAGCGGCUCCCAGACCAUUGGUGGGCCUUUGUAUUACGAAGUAGAGACGACUAUUACAGGUCUGACUGCCUGCACGCCGUACGAUCUUUCGGUAACGGCUGUGUCCGCUGUGGGUGAGAGUUCGCCGCAGACGCUGACUGCUACCACGCUCUGUCCCUAGUUUUUAGUAAGGUUUUAGGGAUUCUGGCUUCUUGUUAACUCUUCAUCCAGUUGAAAGUGAAUCUGUACUCAUAUAAUCAUCAUAGCCUUUAGCAUGUGGUAUAGGUUCCCACAUUUUUUCGGACCACUAUAGAUCCCAAUAAUCAUAUAUCAAUAUAAGUGCUGCAUAUAUAUUUUCCUGCCUUUCACAACCAGCAUCGCAAACGCAAUCGAUCCCAUGGUCUUAAUAACCAAGUCACCCUCUGUCCAUUCUACAAUAUUCGUACGGGACGCAGCCAUCCUUCAUACAAUAACUACAAAAUAUCUUCUUUGUCAACAUCAGAUACACAAAAAAAUUAUAUUUAUUGGACUUUACAGUGUUAUUUUCAGGAUGUUGUGCCACCCAGAGUUAAUGGACAGUGAAAUUAACCAUUUUUUCUUGGUCAGUAUAUAAGCAUUCUCAUAGAUAUCGUUUGAACAAUAAAACUACUUUCUGA